GGGCGGGGCGCAGGGAGCCCGGGGCGGAGCUCAACCUCGUUGUGGAGCGGGUUGUAAUCCAUCAUGGCGGCCGAGGGGGUUGGUGUCUUUGCCUGAGCAGCAACGCCGGAGCCGGUGGCCGCGCACCCGCAGCUAAGGCGCCCUCCUCCCCGCCCCGGUCCCCGGCCCCCGCCCCGGCCGCUGCAGCCCCGCGCCCCACCUGGGAGGGGGAGAGACAGAGAGAGUGAGGCAGAGAAAGGCAGGCGUAAGGGGAGGCAGGUUGGAAAGGAGGGAGCGGGUGGACGCUCGGGAGCUCGGGGGAUGUGACUGACCGACCAUUGGCUGGGGUGGGAGACCCGAGGGAGGAAGGACCGCCGGGCUGGGGGCGGCGGAUGUCUCUGGGCUGAAUUCCUCCCCCCUCCACCCCGAAGACUGGGCAGCGCCUCCCCUCCCCCUCCCCGCCCCAAAGGCUUCUUGCUGACUUCUGCCCGACCCCAGCUUUGGGGGCAUCUGGGGAGCUAGGACUCUUGGGCAAAGUUGUGCCUCCAUCCCCGGUGCCUGCAGCUCUUCCACCGGUCGUGAGCGAGAGAACCAGCCUCUGUCCCCUGCUGACCCCUCCGCACCCCCAGACUCUGCUGUUCCGCUCCUUCCGAGGUGCCCCAGCUCUGCUGCUCACUCACCCCCUCCUCCUUUUCUCCCCCCUCUACCCUUUCCCUCAAAGGCUGCCGAGCUUUCCCUUUUGCCCGGCUUCAACUUCUUGGUGCCACCCAUUCAAACACUUCCUCGUCCCCUUGCUUCGUUCCCCCCUCUCCCCCCCCCCCCCCCCCCCCCCCCCCCCCCCCCCCCUUGGCAACCUCUUAUGCCCUGAGCCUUUUUCUAUGUCACCGAAAGUCUCAGGCUCUCGGCAGCCCCAAACUUUAAUGCUUAGGAGAAACCUGGGUUGGUUCCACAGGCCCUUUAAAAAAGCCGACUUGAAAUUGCUGGCAAUGCAUUCCCUGAGUGACUGCUAGUGUAACUCUGCUUGUGAAGUCUGGGUGACCCCGCUCAGUUUUCCGGAGAAGUUAGCAGCCAGAUUGGCAGGAAAUUUGUGAAAGAUGAAGAGACCGAGAUAGGGGUUGGGCGACUUCCACAGGAAAAGUUUCAGAGCCGGUAUCCAGAUCCUUCUGUCAAAGAGCACUCCCGAUUUUUUCUGAUAAGCAGAGACCCAGAAACUUUCAACACUUUGUCUUUGUUUUGAAAUCUUAAAUGACUCCGGCAUACCUGACUCUCUUAGGCUUGAAGUAAUACUUCAUGCACAUACCUUACUCUCGAGAGGGAUGCAAAACUUACAGUGGGGAAGCUGCAUUCUUUGUGAAUGUCUUUUAAAUGGCUUCACUUUUGGAAAGAAACUAAUUCCUGUUCAACAAGUAAAAGACAUCCAAGUCAAAGAAGUUGCCCUUUUGAUCACAUUGUAGUUGUACUGAUUGAUCAAACUGAUAAUUUGUAAAAGUGGAGCUCUUCUUUACCUGAGUGUAGAAGUCUUGUCUACGCUGGGUUUUAGGAGAAUUCUCUGAUUGGCUUCAAUGAGUGAUUUAUCUGGAAUGUGAACGUGAAACCCAAAUUACACUAUUGUCAUUCUAAGCUAUUGGACUACUCUGGAAGAUCUGGAACCUUCUUCUGGAAAGGGUUGUCUAUUAUUCCUUUAUGGGGCAGCAGCCUGGAAAAGUCCUUGGGGACCAGAGAAGGCCAAGUUUGCCUGCCCUGCACUUUAUCAAAGGAGCAGGAAAGAAGGAGUCAUCAUCAAGGCAUGGGGGUCCACACUGCAAUGUUUUUGUGGAGCAUGAAGCUCUUCAGAGGCCAGUAACUGCAUCUGAUUUUGAGCCACAAGGUCUGAGUGAAGCAGCUCGUUGGAACUCCAAAGAAAACCUUCUUGCUGGUCCCAGUGAAAAUGACCCUAACCUUUUUGUUGCACUGUAUGAUUUUGUGGCCAGUGGGGAUAACACUCUAAGUAUAACUAAAGGUGAAAAGCUCCGUGUCUUGGGCUAUAAUCACAAUGGAGAAUGGUGUGAAGCACAAACCAAAAAUGGACAAGGGUGGGUUCCAAGCAACUAUAUCACCCCAGUCAACAGUUUGGAGAAACAUUCCUGGUACCAUGGGCCUGUAUCACGAAAUGCUGCUGAAUACCUGCUGAGCAGUGGAAUCAAUGGCAGCUUUCUGGUUCGAGAGAGUGAGAGCAGCCCAGGCCAGCGGUCCAUUUCACUAAGAUAUGAAGGAAGGGUGUACCACUACAGGAUAAAUACAGCAUCUGAUGGAAAGCUGUACGUCUCUUCAGAAAGCCGCUUUAAUACUUUGGCAGAGUUGGUUCAUCACCAUUCAACGGUGGCAGAUGGAUUGAUCACUACUCUGCAUUACCCAGCUCCCAAAAGAAACAAACCCACCAUAUAUGGAGUGUCUCCUAACUACGAUAAGUGGGAAAUUGAGCGGACAGACAUUACCAUGAAACACAAACUUGGAGGAGGGCAGUAUGGAGAAGUGUAUGAAGGUGUAUGGAAAAAAUAUAGCUUAACUGUAGCUGUGAAAACCCUGAAGGAAGAUACUAUGGAGGUGGAAGAGUUCUUGAAAGAAGCUGCAGUAAUGAAAGAGAUCAAACACCCUAACUUAGUACAAUUACUAGGGGUUUGUACUCGGGAACCCCCAUUUUAUAUAAUCACAGAGUUCAUGACCUAUGGGAAUCUGUUAGAUUAUCUACGAGAAUGUAAUCGGCAGGAGGUGAAUGCAGUUGUGCUACUAUACAUGGCCACUCAGAUCUCAUCAGCUAUGGAGUACCUGGAGAAGAAAAACUUCAUCCACAGGGAUCUUGCUGCCCGAAACUGCCUUGUAGGAGAAAACCACUUGGUGAAGGUGGCUGAUUUUGGCUUGAGCAGGUUAAUGACAGGAGACACCUAUACAGCCCAUGCUGGAGCUAAGUUCCCAAUCAAAUGGACAGCACCUGAAAGCCUGGCUUAUAAUAAGUUUUCCAUUAAGUCAGAUGUCUGGGCAUUUGGUGUUUUGCUUUGGGAAAUUGCUACAUAUGGUAUGUCCCCUUAUCCUGGAAUUGAUCUGUCACAAGUGUAUGAAUUAUUGGAAAAAAACUAUCGCAUGGAGCGUCCAGAAGGCUGUCCAGAAAAAGUCUAUGAACUCAUGAGAGCAUGUUGGCAGUGGAGUCCUUCUGACCGGCCCUCCUUUGCUGAAAUCCACCAAGCCUUUGAAACGAUGUUUCAGGAGUCCAGCAUCUCAGACGAAGUGGAAAAAGAGUUGGGGAAGAAAGUUGUACGAAGUGUUGUCAGUACAUUACUGCAGGCACCAGAAUUGCCAACUAAGACCAGAACAUCUAGGAGAGCUGCUGAAAAUAAAGACACCAGCGAGCUGCUUGACACUUCUCAUCUGAGGAGUCAGGGAGAAGAUCUUUUGGAUCAUGAGCCUGCUGUUUCUCCACUGCUCCCAAGGAAAGAAAGAGUUCCCCAGGACAGUAAUCUGAACGAAGAUGAACGUCUUCUCCCCAAAGACAAGAAAACCAACCUCUUCAGUGCUCUUAUCAAGAAGAAGAAGAAAACAGCUCCAACCCCACCCAAACGCAGCAGUUCUUUUCGGGAGAUGGAUGGCCAUUCAGACCGCAGGGCGGGUGGAGAGGAUGAAACCCGAGAUAUCCUCAAUGGCACUUUUAUCACAGCUCCCUCAGAUGCAGCCGAGUCAUCCAAGUUCCCAAGUCCAAGCAAUGGGUUGAAUGUUAGCAAUGGAGCAGUGUCAGGGUCCUCAGGCUUCCGGUCUCCCCACUUGUGGAAAAAAUCCAUUGCAUCAGCGAGUAGCCGCCUGGCAACCAAUGAAGAAGAAAGUAGUUCCAACUCCAGCAAGCGUUUCCUGCGGUCGUGCUCUGCCUCUUGCGUACCCCACGGGGCCAAGGACACAGAAUGGAGGUCAGUAACACUGCCUCGGGACCUACAGUCCACUGGAAGGCAGUUUGAUUCUUCUACCUUUGGUGGGCACAAGAGUGAGAAGCCAGCUUUGCCUAGGAAACGGGCAAGUGAGAAUAAAUCUGAUGUGACUUCUAGGGGCACAGUGACCCCGCCACCCCGGCUACUGAAGCAAAACGAGGAGGGAGUUGACGAUGUCUUUAAAGAUACAGAGUCCAGUCCUGGUUCCAGCCCCCCAAGUCUGACACCAAAACUUGUCCGUAAGCAAGUCACAGUGACAGUUUCCUCUGGCUUGUCCCACAAAGAAGAAACUGGGAAAACUAGUGCCUUAGGAGCUCCUGCUGCACUGGAACAAGUCCCUGUUAGCAAAGCUGCCUCCAGUGCAUUUAUGGGAACCAGUAAGGUCUCCAGUGAAGAGCCCAGAGGGAGGAGGCACAAACAUUCUUCUGAAUCAUUAGGGAAGGACAAAGGAAAGCUUUCCAGACUUAAACCUGCCCCUCCUCCCCCACCGUCAUCAUCUGCUGGGAAAUCCACCAAGCCUUCUCAUGACACAGCGGGGGAUGUAGGACCUAGUCUUAAAGCGAAACAGUUGACUAUGGUAGCAGAUGCUGGGAACAGUGAUGCUGCCAAAUCAAACCAGUUAGGAGAGGGUGUCAAAAAGCCGGCGCUCUCCUCUGCACCAAAGCCCCCGUCAUCCAACAAACCAUCAGCGGCCCCACUAACCACUCCAGCCACCUCCCCCUCUACUUUGCCAUCUGCUUCGUCAGUCCUGGGAGGGGAACAGCUUUCGUCCACUGCUUUCGUCCCUCUCAUAUCCACCCGAGUGUCCCUGCGGAAAACUCGCCAGCCUCCAGAGAGGCUUGCUAGCGGUGCUAUCACAAAAGGUGUGGUCCUAGACAGCACCGAGGCCUUGUGCCUGGCUAUCUCCAAAAACUCAGAACAGAUGGCCAGCCAUAGUGCUGUGCUGGAAGCAGGGAAAAACCUUUACACUUUCUGUGUGAGCUACGUGGACUCCAUCCAGCAGAUGCGGAACAAGUUUGCUUUCAGGGAGGCCAUCAACAAGUUGGAAAACAACCUCCGUGAGCUUCAGAUCUGCCCCGCAACGGCGGGCAGCGGCCCUGCUGCCACCCAGGACUUUAGCAAGCUUCUCAACUCAGUGAAAGAAAUCAGCGAUAUUGUUCAGAGGUAGCAGAAGUCAGGGCUCAGCCAGCCAGAGCUGCCUGCUAAUAGCUGUAGCCUGAGAGCUAUGAUAGACUGACAAAAGACCGGUGAACCAGUGCCACCGGAACAGGAAAAGGCACACAAGGUGCUGCUGGAGAGCACACGUGGCCUAAUUGCCUAGGCCAUGGAAUGUCAAACACCAUAUGUUUUUCUCUCUUUCAGCCCAGGUUCUUUACUGUUCUGAAACUUAUCUGUGGAGUUCCAUCUCUGUGGACUGAAGCCAAAAUACCAAGGCCCUUUUGUCCCUUUUUAUUAAUGUUGUUUUAAAAUGAGCUUUAAGUUGGAAGUGGAAAUGGAAGACAUGGGAUUUUGUUUUCUUCCUUUCUAGAGACACUCCUGUGUCCUUCUCUUGCCAUUUCCCCAAAGGAUAAAUCUUCUGAACGCUUAACAUAUUUGAGCCUUUCUAGUAAAGUAUUGCUAACACUCACCUCUCCUUGUUCCAUGAAGAGAAUAGUCCUAUUUGAUUUUCUUAAGUCUUCAAAAAAAAUAUAUUUGAGGAAAGUAUUCAGAAGGGUGCCCUAUCCAAAGUUGGCCUUCUGAUUCACCUAUUGGCUAAGGGCUGAGUUUUCUCUCCUGUAUUCUUAUAUGACGGAGAGCCAAUGAUUAUUGGAUUAGUAAGUUGUGAUAAGGGAAGCAACUGACUGGCUCAUCUAGUGAGCAUUGAAGACCAAGUGGUUUGGGUCUUCCAGUCUUUCCUUUAUCCUGGAGAAGAAAUUGCCUUCCUUUUGUGAUGUGUAGUGCCAAAUUGGAGCCAGCAGACUUUGGUUUCUAAAGAAAAUGGGGUUGAUAUUGCUGCCAUAACAUAGAGAAGGAGCAGGACAGGAAAGCAGGGAUUCAACAGCAUAAGUUGUUCAGUUGCCCACAGCAAUCAGUCUGUGCCCUUGGCAGAUCUGGUACUGCUCUUUUAUAACCCUAGUCACUGGAUGAUAUACUGAGAACAGAAAUCUGGGCCCAGUCAUGUAUUCAUUCAUUUCUUCCUCAUGCACUCCUCUAAGCAAAGCACAUUCUCACAGCCCCUUUCUGAGACAGUAGACUGUUUAGUUUCCUGGCAUUCUUGAAGGCUCCCUGAGCAAGCUCCUCUGUUAUCUGCAAAUCUGGGAGCAUCAUCAUGGCCAUCAGUUCUUAUAUAGAAACUAGCAGUCAGUGAGCACAGAGUUCAUUGCACCAAAGAGAAAGGAAAAAAGUGUUGACACCCAAAGGCCCUGGCCACAUUUGGCCACACGUUUGGAGUUUGGAGAAUGUCUUUUAUUUAAUUACAAUGAACAACACUUAUCAAUCUAAUGUUUCUCUAGGGGUUCUGUCAGAGACUGUUAAGGGGGGAGGGAGAACCCACAGAAAGUAUUUCAGACAGCAGGCAGCCAUUUUUUGUCUUACUCAUUUUUCCCCAGGGACUCCCCAGGAG